GUUGAGGCGGAAGUGUCCAGACGACAACAACACCAUCAGCAAUAUGUUGAAUGAUGAACAUACAGAUACAGCUAGGGGUCUGAGUGUAUCAAUUGCGACUUCAUUAGAUAAUCACUACUACAAGACCUUGAUGAGAGGAAGGGGGCUGCUGUUUGCUGAUCAACAGUUGAUGGCUAAUGAAAAGACUGCUGCAGCAGUGACAGAUUACGCUAUUGAUGAUGGGAUCAUAUUUAGGACAGAGUUUGCUCAUGCCAUGGGUAAACUGUCCAAUUUUGGUGUUCUUACUGGAUCCGAAGGAGAAGUUCGGCACAGUUGCUCACAUCUAAAUUCGUAGAUUAGAUAAAUUCAUGACUUUUCCUAGUGCUUGAAUGAUGGCACACACAUGUACAGAGUGACUUGUUUGUUUGGAUGAAUGCUUAGAUCUCUAUCUGAUGUUUCUCA